AUGAAGCUCUCCACAAUUCUCUCUGCUGCUACACUCAUUGCCGUGACUGAUGCUGAUCCGUGCGACGUGACAUCGCUCUCAACGCUUCUGACUUCAAAGGAUACGACGACGUGCAGCACAGCGUCAGGCUAUGCAGUAACUUCAUUGGCAUCUCCAACGGAGAAGCAAAUGGCCAUUAUGUGUUCCAACGAGGCAUGUCAAUCGGUAAUUUCACAAAUACAGACUCUCGCUCCAUCAGAAUGUACUUUGGGCCAGUUCGCCCUGUACGCCGAUCUGCUUACUCCGCUGAACAACAUUUGCAAAGACGUUGCAUCUUCAGAAGCAAACACUCAAUCAACGACUGACUCAGCCACUAAUAACAUUCCCGAAUCCCCUCCAACUCUGACUUUCGCGAAUGUGUCGGAUACGUUUGAGCCAGCUGAAGUCUCUUCCAUUUCUUCGACUGAUUUUGAUCCUAUUGUAGCUCAGUCGGACAACACAACCGUGAUCUCAGCGACGCCCUCGGAUAAUACGACUGUAACUCCGACGACGCCGUCAGAUGAUGUGACUGUGACUUCCACAACGCCGUCGGAUGAUACGACAUUGUCUCCUUCGACGCCGUCAGAUGAUAAGACCGUUUCUUCGACUACGCCCUCGAUUGACCAGACCACGACUCCAUCGACAGACCUGGUGGCUUCCGAAGACUCCAGCAAUUCGCAAGCUGCGCCGUCUAUCUCAAGGGACGAAAACUCAACUUCCUUAGAUCCUGACUUAACUCUUGACAACAGCAAAGCCAGCGUUGCUACAAUCUCUGCCGGAUUUGUGCUAGUGGCCGUUGCUGCUGCCAUCUUUUAG